AUUGAUAGCUCCAACCAGUUGAACGUCAAGUUGAGUAAUAUCUCCCUGACCAGACAACUUACCAUUGAUUAUGAAUCGACAUGUGACGAGUUUGUCCACCUUUCGCCAGAGGCCAUUCGCAAUAUGACAUACGACACCAGUUCAGAGAUUUACAGUGUUGGUAUCAUGUUAUGGGAGAUGUGGUACGGCAAGGAGGCGUUCUCCGAAAUGAGGGGCAAGAGCCUGAAAGUGUUUCUGACCACUGUAGAGGAAGGUUAUCGUCCUCAGCUUCAGCAGUUGAAUACUCAAGUUGCAUUCAAGUUGUCCCAACUGGUAGAAGAGUGCUGGUCAAAGGAUGCCACCAAAAGGAGAACGCUUGAAUAUUGCACUUCUGUUAUUAGGGAUAUUUUGUCCAGUUAGUUUGGAAAUGUAGGUAACUUUUCAUGUCGUGCCAAAGAUUUCCCACGUCUAAGUAAGCACGUAACGAUGAUAAAAUGUAACCUCGGAAAGGUAUCCUCUGGAAACAACUGCUUUAUUCAUUUUCUUUUAGUACGAGUACGUAAUUAUAGGAAAAGCACACUGCGAUAGUAUAACACUUAAUUGUUGCGAAACGCGUCUGAAGGGACGCGACAUAAGUUAAUAGUGAGACGGCAGAAAGAAGAGAACGGCAAAACGCUUGUGUGUGACAGUCGUGACAGGGCUAUUAAUUCCGUGGUUAUGUCAUGAUCCUCACUUAACAUUAAUGUUUUCUGGUCUUUGCAAAAACAUCUGUUUAAUGGAAAGUGGAGUAAAGUUAUUUCAAACAAAAUUAUUGUCACGCUUGUCACACAAGGUUUGCCGUCUUCUCAGUUCCUCUCCUAUCCUGUUGCGUAAGUUCACUAAUAUAAUAAUUGCAAAAAACAGAGUUUUAUAACCAUUUACUCAUGCGGUUUACCUUCUUGUUUUUUGAACAAUAGUCAGUGUUUUCAGAGAAGAAAAAGUGCCAAGAGGAAUGAAAAAAGUUUUUAAAAAACAGCCUCCUCUUAUCAUGAUCACUUAUUAAGAAUACGCUCGAUUCUACUUUAUUUGCAGUUGUCAAGCUAUGCAGGACGUAAAGAAAAAAGUGAGCAAAGGAAAAUGCAGUCAUUAGACAGGCUACAUUAG